AUGCGGUCAGGAUCGUCGACAGUUAGUGAUGAGGAGGAGCAGGUUGUCGGCUCGCCGAUGGCUCAGGUCACCACCAAUAUGCCGCUUCUCCGACCCGGACAGGAUCCUUUGCGACCCCUUCUCAUCGCCGUUUUCGUUUUUCUCUGCUCCCUGCCGCUCUGCCGCUCCUUCGACUUGGGACAAUGUACCGCGGCACUGGGCAUGGAGAAUGGCGAAAUCCCCGAUGAAGAUAUAUCGGCCAGUUCUAUGUACGAUCCCAGUCUUGGCCCGAAACAUGCCAGGCUGAGACAAGACAAGGGCGGCGGUGCCUGGUGCCCGAAAAAUAUGGUCACGAAGGAAGGAAAGGAGUAUCUUGAGGUGAAUUUGCACAGCCCGCGUAUGCUGACUUCGACCAGGACCCAGGGCAGGUUCGGGAACGGGCACGGGGUCGAGUACACCGAAGAGUACUUCGUCGAAUAUUGGCGGCCGGGGUUCAACAAGUGGGUGCGAUGGAGAAAUCGACGUGGCAUGGAGCUUCUGGCAGGCAACAAUAAUCCAUAUUCGGAGAAGGAGCAGCUGUUCGACCCGGCGAUCGUCGCAACCAAGGUCCGUUUCAUCCCCUACACCUCCCACAUGCGUAUGGUGUGCAUACGAGUCGAGCUUUACGGCUGUCCAUGGACCGAGGGUCUGGUGUCGUAUUCCAUGCCCCAAGGAAUUAAGAGGGGCUCGGAGGUUGACCUUUCCGACAGGACGUACGACGGCAGGGAAGAAGGAGGUUACCUCUCCGGGGGGCUCGGUCAACUUGUCGACGGGCAAAAGGGCCCUGACAACUUCAGAUUGGACAGUGGUAACGGGAAAGGAUACGAAUGGGUCGGUUGGAGAAACGACACGCCAAGCAUGCUCGGUCGCCCCGUUGAAAUUACCUUCGAGUUCGAUUAUUCGAGAAACUUCACUGCCAUACACCUGCACAUGAACAAUUACUUCACCAAAGAUGUGCAGGUCUUCUCCUACGCAAAGGUUUAUCUUGGCGCCGGUGGGAAUCAGUUCAACGGGGAGCCUGUCCAUUUCUCUUACAUACCGGACCUUGUGUUGGAACAGGCGCGCGACGUUACCAUAAAGCUUCACUCACGAGCUGGCCGUUUUCUUAAGCUUCAAUUGUACUUUGCGGCACGAUGGAUCAUGCUCAGCGAAGUAAUCUUUGAAUCGGUAAUCUCCGAAUGGAACAACACCGACGAUGAAGAGCCGAGGAACAAGAGCGCCAUUGUAUCGGCGACCGGCAUCCCCUAUCAGAAUAACGAGGGUCCACUGCAGAGAGACGAAGUAAAGGCCACUUUUAAUAAGGAGGAAAACAACGAUAAUGCUCUUCCAGACAAAAGCAAGGAGCCAGAAUCGAGGCAGUUCGUCGGCCUGGUUAUCGGUAUAUUAACCACUGUGAUCGUGAUGCUUCUGGCGGCAAUCACGUUCAUUUUCUACAGGAAUCGAAGGCUGAAGGCUGCCCUCGCGCCUUCGACGUUUUACGAUCAACACGGCGACUUGAAGGUCUCCGUGCAGGAGGAGGGCGAGGACAAGGGACCAAUUUGCCCUCCGCUUCCGGCGCAGUACCACCCGGCCGCCUACGCCACGACGACACCGCAACUACACAAAACUAUCACGGAUUACAGCGGGAUCACGGAGGUGCAGCCGGUUAUUCCACUGUUGCUGAACACUGCGAUCAAUCUUGCCAGGCCGAUUCCAUCGGUUCAAGAAUAUCCAUCUAACCCGCCCCCCAUACCGCCGCCACCGGAAAAGUAUUACGCCAGCACGGAGAUCUGUAAGAAUUCCCUGCCACCGUUGCCACCAUCCCCAACACCGAGCACACCGCCCCCGAUGAGCGCGAAAGCCUCGAGCAGCAUGACAAGCUACAGUCCCGAGGACAUGCUCACCGAGGAGGAGGACGAGGUGGCCGAGUGCAUCUUAGACUUCCCCCGGGAGAAGCUGAACAUCGUUGAAAACCUCGGUUGCGGAUACUUCGGCGACGUUCACAUUUGCGAGGUGGACAGGUUUCCAGGCUACGACGAAGUUUUCCGGAACACGACCAGCGACCUGGUGAUCGUUAAGUCCCUGAGACCUGGAUCCUCGGAUGCGCUUAGGAUAGAAUUUCAAGAGGAGGCAAAAAAACUGGCACGGCUGGCCGAUCGGAAUGUCGCGCGGCUGCUCGGCGCGAGCCUCGGGGACGACCCGAUGUGCAUCGUAUUGGAGAACGGCGAAUACGGGGAUUUGAAUCAAUAUCUGCAGAGGCAUAUAGCUGAAACGUCGACCGUGCACACUGCUAAGACCCUCAGUUUCGGCACGUUGAUCUACAUGGCCACGCAAAUAGCAUCCGGCAUGAAACACCUCGAGGAAAUGGACUUGGUGCAUCGGGAUCUCGCCACAAGGAAUUGUUUGGUAAGUCGUGGUUACACGGUGAAAGUGUGCGAUCUGGGCUCCGGAAGAAACGCCUACGCAGCCGACUAUUUCCGGGUGGAGGGCCGGCCGCCAUUGCCAAUCCGAUGGAUGGCCUGGGAAGCUAUGCUAAUGGGAAGACACGCAUCGAAGAGCGACGUCUGGUCUUUCGCAGUAACUCUUUGGGAGAUUUUAACGUUCGCAAGGGAACAGCCGUUCGAGGAGCUGCCCGAUCAUCGCAUAGUCGAGAAUGCAACGUAUUUUUACCAAGAGGACGAUAGAAGGAUCAUUCUUCCCCUGCCGAAAAACUGCCCCAAAGAUAUCUACGAGCUGAUGCGCGAGUGCUGGCACAGGAACGACGUGGACAGGCCGAGCUUCCGGGAGAUCCACAUGUUCCUCCAGAGGAAAAAUCUCGGUUACAAGCACGGGGACACGAACGACACCUGAUACAGAGAGCUAGAAGGCUGGAACCUGAUCCGGCUUUCUAUGAUCGGCGAGCUGAACGGGAACUGGUGGAACUCCCCUUCGACGACCAAGUUACACCAGGUCAGGCCAAGUUAGUAGUAGUGACGGGGAUCAAUUCCUGAUUGUCGAAUCGUCGAAGACAAAGGUAAACGGUGAUCGAAAUGGUUCUUCGUUGCUCUAUCGUCGAUAAUCCUAGUGAAUUUUUUAAUAAACUGUGCAACUUGUACGCGGUGAAUUAUUAUUAUUAUAAUCAUCGUAUCAUGCGAUCUUGAACGAUUAUGAGGGAAUUUGUUACAAACAAUUCCUUUCCAUGAUCUCUCCUCGAUCUUCUCUCGAAAUUUAUAAUUCUCGUAAUAUUUUUCACGAUAUUGGCAGAAUCAAAAGAAAAAAAAAAAAGAAAA